AUGGAGAACGAUGAGAUGAAUCACUCUCCACAAAAGCGUCGUAAACAGACCCGUGUUUGGACGGAUGGAUGCUUUGAUAUGGUCCAUUUCGGUCACGCGAACGCCCUGCGCCAAGCCAAAGCCAUGGGCGAUGUUCUUGUUGUGGGUGUUCACUCCGAUGAGGAAAUUAAACGGCACAAAGGCCCUCCAGUUUUUAACGAGCAAGAACGAUUCAAAAUGUGCAAAGCGAUCAAGUGGGUCGAUGAAGUUGUUAUGGACGCGCCGUACGUGACGACCAUCGAAACUCUUGACAAAUACAACUGUGAUUUUUGCGUUCAUGGAGAUGACAUCACGUUGACUGCUGAUGGUAGAGACACAUAUGAGAUGGUGAAAGUAGCUGGGCGAUACAAAGAAUGUAAACGUACAGCCGGAGUGUCCACCACAAACCUUGUGGGUAGAAUGCUUCUGAUGACUAAGGAACAUUUUGAUAGGUGUCCAUCGCCUAUUACAAAUAUGAACCCAGACCAAGUGAGUGGGGCCAGUUCUGAUCCAACUGCUAAGAGCCCCUGGACUUGUGUGUCCCAUUUUCUUCCAACCUCCCAGAGGAUUGUCCAAUUUUCAGAUGGAAAGGAACCCAAGCCUGGUGACAGAAUAGCAUAUGCCGCAGGUGCCUUUGAUCUUUUCCAUGUGGGCUUGCUGGAUUUUCUCGACGCAGCAAAAAAAGAAGGAGACUAUCUUAUAGUUGGUCUUCAUACAGAUCCAGUUGUUAAUCGUUACAAGGGAAGCAACUUUCCAAUCAUGAGUUUGCAUCAAAGGGUUCUUAGUGUACUGGCUUGCCGUUAUGUUGACCAGGUCAUUAUCGGUGCACCAUAUAAAGUUACCAACGAGUUGUUGGAGCAAUUUAAGGUAUGGCAGUAUGCAUUUGUUUAGAACCUUUUAAAUCUCGUUAUUCACUAGACCCUAUGUUAUUUAAUAAACAGUCGAAGCUCUCAUAAGCAACCACCUCGGAAAUUCAAAAAAGUGUUCAUAACUAUAGCUUGUCGAUUAAGAGAAUGAGUUCUUGUAAGUGACUGUAAAACAAUAGAGGGUGGUUGCUUACGAGAGCUUUAGAAACUUAUUAAUAAUUCAUAAUGAAAAAACAGAAGAAAUUAAGACGAAAUCCACUACAAAAUUUAGUAAUUAUAAUAUUCAGUUGACAAAAACCUUGUACCAGAAUAAUUUAAAGGAUAUUGCACCUUUUUUUUUUACAUUUUUGAAGGGCUAGAUAUGUAAUUAGUCAUCUGUAAUAAAUUUCCCGAACAAGUCAUGUUUUGACCUUUUCGGAUGCAAAUUUCAAAUGAUUUUCGUAGUCUGGUAUCUCUCGUGGGAAUACACUCUCACUAUCAAUGAACAUUGCCUGUUCGUCAUGUUUAUUACCAUCAUUUUCCUUCACCAUUUCUGGGAAAACAAUGAACUAUUGCCACUGCACAGGCCUGAAAAAUAAAAAUGGUUCCUUGUGUCUUCAUGACAGCUUUUUUUCAAUACAUAAAAGAACAUGUUAUAAGCUUGAAUGCACUUUUAUAUUUUGUCACAUUACCCCAACACUCCCUUGCAGCAAUUUAAACGGAACUGUACACAUUUUUCUAGGUAAACCUGAAAUGUGGAUGAACUCGUCCACUUCCAUGAGAAAUAAUACUUAUUUACUGACUUUGCAGGCAAACUGUGCAACCAUUUGAUGAGAAAAAUGUGAUAACAGCUGACUAGCUCUGACUAUUAAAUUUGUCUUUUUGCAAGAAAGCCUGUCAAAAGUGUUGACCAAUCAGAACAUGUUUUCAAAACAAAACCAAAUGAGCAUGUUUCAUCGAGGUUGACAAUGGGCCUUUAAAAGCAAGGGUUUUUUUUUUUCUAAAAAGAAAAUGUUACAGAAAAUUGUGCUGAAUUUACUAUGAACUCCAAAUGACUUGGAUUCAUGGCCUGUUUGAAACAUUGAGCUUGCUGUGCUACACGGCAGUAGCACAACUUGGUUUCAAAUGUCUUGCUACUGCUAUGCCAAACUCAAUUCAUGAAUAGUGAUUAAAAAUAUGUUAGUCAAGGAUACCUUUUAAAAGUACACCAAUGCCAAACCGCUCUUUUAAUUUAAAAUUUUGUUUUCUUUAUCAGCGUUUUCAUUAGACUGAGUUAAUUAUGAUGUCUGAAACCAAUUCAUGCAACAGUCAUGCUGAAGUCAAGCCAGCUUAGAAUGGCAGUAUAAUGACUUGUGAAACAGGCCUUACUGCAACAGCUACCAACAGUUUAGUAUUCACAUAAUUUGAACUUUUGGCUUAUUGUCGGUAAAAAUGCAAUCAACCAUACUUUGUUGCUUUGAAUAGGCAUUUCUUGGUCUUGCAAAAACUAUUGUUGGUUCACUUCUGUUUUUUGGUCUAGGUUUUGUUUUGUGUCCUUCAAAUAUUUAGUAUUACAUUAUGUCAUUUGGUGAUUUCACUGAUCCACAAUACCAAGAAACCACCCUUUGAAUGAGGUUAUGCUAGGAUUUCAAUCUUCAGUUGAAAAGUGGACUUCUAUUCUAAAAAUGCAAUCCAUUUUUAACUAGUGUAUUGGGACUGUCAUUAAGGGCCAGGAGCUGGGGAUUUGCCCUCACUACCAUGAGCAUGACCCUGGCUACUUUGAGAGGAAACAAGAGGAGAAUACUUGUUUUCAGUUUUGUUUCAUUGUCAUUCUGCCAUAUAAGUUAAAUAAAUGCAUAAAAUUAAAAAAGAGAUGAGGCAUUAGGGAGCCCAAGGAAGCCAAUAAAGCGUACGAAUAGGACCACCUUUAAAAAUUUUAUUACCUAAUUAAUGAUGGAAAGAGAAAGGAAAAAAGGGAGGGAAUAAAAGAAAGAGAAAAUGGUGGGAGGGAGGGGGGUGAUUAAUCGAGGGAGGGCUAUUAUUCAAGGAAAUACGGUAAUUGACCAAUCAGGUCAGUAACCAGACUUAAAUACUAUCAACUGACGAGAUACAACUCACCUUGGCUAAGAAGAUGAUUACUGCGCCGGUUGUCAAAGUGUUAUUUACUGUUUACAACAGCCUUAUUCAGGACUACAAACACCAAAACAGUCAUGUUUGACUUACUUAAUGAUGUUCUAUGUUAGCUGAAGUGACAUAUAGUCAAGUGAAGCAUAGUAAAUGGAGGUGACUGGUUAUGAAGCCCGGCAAACAUCAAAGGAGCAAACAAAGAUGCCAAGAUUUAUGUUAGAAGGUCCACGACCCUGCACAAUCUUUUGUUUUGCGUUCAUACGUUAUGCAUGAAUUACGAUUGGUUAGUUCCUCAGUACGGAGUAAACAACUAUUGUGUUUUGUGCAGGGUCAAGGCCAAAAAAGAGAACAAAAACAUACAACAAAGAACUUUGUCGGGUUUCAUAACCAUUCCCUCUAUUAACUAUGAGUGAAGUAAUCUAUAAUUUUUUUCUUUUUCUGUUUAGGUUGAUGUGGUCCUCCAUGGGGAAACCAGAGUCAUGCCUGAUGAAGAUGGUACAGAUCCAUAUGAAAUUCCAAAGAAAAAAGGCAUUUUCAAGAUUGUUCCUAGUGGUAACUUUCUAACAACUCAUGACAUUGUUGAGAGGAUCAUUAAAAACAGGUGUGUUCAAUAGCUAGAUAUAAUUAAAUAGACAUAAUCCUCUCAGAGGACGUGAGCUUACUAGCAAUGAAUAGUCUGUCAGAAAAAAAGGGCAAUGUUGGGUACCAAUAUUCCGAAGCAUAAAUGUUUAACACUGUGUGCUAUAAGGACAAUUUUUUUCCAAAGAGAAAAUUAAAUUAUUUAAUGGUUUGUUCCACUCAAAGUACCUUGUUUUUUCAACACAUUUUUUUUCUAUUGCCAACGUGUUUACUGUGUAUUAUAUGUGGAAAAUGUAUGUAACGAAACAUCCCAACAAGUGACAAUGAACCGAAUGUCCAUCAAAAACCACGUGCUUGCAAAACAAAAUCGUUCUUCAAGGCAGUCACGUUGAGUAGUGACUUCUAAAUUCCACAUGUACUGUAGCCCAUAAGUUUGGUUCUGCGGCCACAGGCAAAGUUAAACUUCUACAGAUAUGGUUCUGGGACUGUUGUAAUUUCUGGCCAAGAUUAAGCAUUCAAAUGUUGUAACAAAUUACCAGAUUAAAGAUGAAAUUUUAAGAAAACUAGUGUUUUGAAUUUAUGCAAAUUUGUGACAUUUUAAUGGAAUGGUUACAUACUAAAGUUGAUAGAUUCGUGUUUGCAUUUUCUCACAUUGUGAUUUUCAAUGUUUAAUACUACAGAUGAUUUAAAAAAAUAUUGAUUACUAGUAUAACUCAAUCAAAACUUAAAGCAAUAAAUGAAUCACAGAAUGGAUAGAAAUAGCAAAGAAAUUAAACUGGCUAAAUUCAAUUUGAUAAUUAUCAUAAGAAAGCAUGUUUCUUGUAAUAUUGUUAUUUGAAAGGCCAUUCCUCACGAAAGCAAACACCUUAUGUUUUUGGAAAAAAGUAUAACAAAGAAAUAUUACAGUGAGAGAGAUUAUUUGAAACAUUUGGACUAGUAACCAAAGGUCAUAGGUUCAACUCCUACUCAGAUUCUUUCUUCUGUCCUGUCUGUCUCACUGAUUGAAAAAUCAUCUUUCUCAUGUAUUUAGCAGGCUCAAAAUUCACCACAACAUCUCUAUCAUUGCAUGUAAGCACGUGUAUCAACCUUCUAUGUUAUAGUCUGUAGUCGUAGCAGUUUGCAGGAUAUUUGUCAUAUGAACCUAGUUUAGUGUCCUCAGCUCCCAUGAGUCAUCUAUAGCUUAGUGGUACAGUAUCUGGACUAGAAGCCAGAAGGUCAUAGGUUUCAACUUCUAUUGGGAGUACUCAGAUUCUUUUUUCUGAGCCGUCUGUAUCACUGACUGAAAAAAUCAUCUUUCUCAUGUAUUUACCAGGCUCAAAAUUCACUACAACAUCUCUAUUAUUGCAUGUAAGCACAUGUUGACAUUCUGUACUAGCCCUUGCACUUUGUAAGAUGUUGGUCAUAUGAACUUAGUUUAGUGGCCUUAGCUCCCACAAGUGUCCUAUAGCUUAACGGUAGAGUAUCCGGACUAGAAGCCAGAAGGUCAUAGGUUCGACUCAUAUUGGGAUUACUUGGAUUUUUCUUCUGAGCCAUCUGUAUCACUUACUGAAAAAUCAUCUUUCUCAUUCAUUCACCAGGAGGCUCAUAAAAAUUACAUUAUGUAUAAAUUUACAUGUGCAUGUAGCACACGUUUGUCAGUCUGCCCUCAUUUUUUUAACCCUUUAAGCCCCAAUAUCCACAUACAAAUUCUUCAAACUGAUCUCCAUACAUUCCCUCAAAGAAUGAGUUGAGAGAAUUUGAUAAUAGAUCAAAGCAUUUUCUUCUUAGGUGAUCAUUUUCGUAAUUCUCAUAACGUAAUCUCUUGACAUUGUAUGGAUAUCGUUAGGAGAAUAUUGAUGUUGGUCACUAUUAGGACUUGAAGGGUUAAGGUCUUUCUCCAUAAUUCCCCCUGGACCUGCCACUGAUUUAUGUAGGAGAAUCAAAAUUGUUGUGGGUUAUUAUAACCUAAGAAAAUAGAAAACAGUACCUUUUUGCAUUUUUAAAUUUAUUUAUUGAAGGACAGAAAUGUGAAAAAAUACAGAGCCAUAACUAUUAUUACAAAGGCAAGACUUAAUAAUAGUCAUUUUUUUCCAUAUGUGGUAAAUGCCUCAGCCACAUAUUUUUAAACUUACAUUCAAGAAAUUAAUUAAAGCUUUAAAAUUUUUAACAAGACAUCUUCCUUGUCUGUCUGCAUUUCUGAAAGAUAAAGGGAACUGUUGAUGCAGUUCUGAAAUACAGUGAAGAGUGCUUAUCUUGUUUUGCCAUCUUAUACUUUAGGAGUCAAUACUUUGGCAUUUCAAAGAAGACAUAAACUGACAGAAAGUCAUUUAACAAUUUUGUUAGCUUUAGUUGCUAGCAGCUAAUGCAAAAGAUAUUUCCCCCUUUUAUGUGGAGUUUUGUAAAGUGAGGUCUUUCACAAAUUCAGCAAAAUUUACCAGAGGUCAUCAGUCAACCACCACUCGCUAAUUUGAAGCCACCUAAUAGACCCUUCCAUGGUUAUUCAACUUUUGACUUGGUCCAGUUAGCAAAAUCUGUCAACACAGUUAACACGAAUGCCUUAAAAUUAGUAAAAAUGCCAAGUUUAAAUGUGAUUUGUUGAAAACUAACCACAAUAUACAGUAGUUCCGCAAAGUCACCAUAUUUUACAUAUGUUUGUAUGGUGCGGGUCAAAUUCGUGCCCCCACCAUUAACACUUUCACUGCCAGAGUGUUUGAUGGAGUUUUGUAAGGUGACUCUAACUUUUGAGUCUGUGGACAACAUCCUAUGAUGUGACCAUUCAAAUGAAAGCUCUCUGCCUGUACUUACACAUGGUGCUAUUUGUUUGUCAAAAUUUUACGAAAUGAAAUUUGGAAAUCUGGUUGAAAUUUGCCUUUGGCUACAUUUGGCAGUGAAAGGGUUAAAACAUCUGUAAAAUUUUGAGACUUGCCAUAUUUUGGAGCAAUAUCUUUGCUUACCCUUAAUGUAUCACCUUUUAGGAAACUUGGUAAGUUUGCUAAUUUUAAGGCACUCUUUCUUGCAGUAUAAAUGAAUGUUUGAUAACUGGUCUUUAUCAAAACAUGAAAAUAAAACCAUGCUAGAGUCUAUUCCAGUUGUUUUGUGGUUGACCUCACCUUCUUAAAUAUUGUAGAGAUUUAAUCUUUCAUUUGGAUCUGUAGUAACUUAAAACUAUUGCAUUUUUUUGUGCCUUUUAGAAUGACAUUUGAAGAAAGAAACAAGAAAAAGGAGAAAAAGGAGGCAGAUGUUUUUGCAGAAAUGCAGAGAAGAAAGUCUCAAAGCCAAGAGAGAAAAGCUCUUGAAGAAAAGGAGAACAAUUAAGUCAACUCGACAUUUUUGCUCUUUAGGACAGGAUCUUUUGAUGAAAUUCUCUACUAGUCCCUUGGCUUAUAGAGCUGAAUCUUGACUUUGUCGUAAUUAUAAUACAUGUAUCUUCUAGAAGCAGACUAUUCAUAAUAGGAUCUGUUUGCUUCCUAUAGUGUUUCCCAUGUAGUUAUAUGUGGUUCAAAUAAUUCUGGUGCGUGACAAACACAGACAGCAGACCUGCUCUUACAGAUUUCCUAUCCCUGAAACAAGCCUUUAGAAGAUUUAAGGGUUAGGGAUAGGGAAUCUGUUUGAUUUUUUCACAACAAUGUUUACCUUGUUUACAUGCUAGUCUGAAAGUCUGCAGUCUGCGUUUGUCACACAUCGAGUUCAAAUCAGGGGAAGGGGUGUUAGGUGGUCAUUUUUGGCCUGAGCUUACUAAGAUAAAUAAUUAUUAAUUAAGUUAUAACUGCAGCUAAAAUUUGUCAGGCUCUUUUCUUGUAACUCAAAAAAAAAAUGGCCACCUGAAAAAGUUUAUGAAUGCUGAUUGUGACUAAUCACAAUGAAGACGAGGAUGCACAAGCAGGCCAUAUAACCACAUAACUGGAUCAGUUUAGGUUUCUGGAAAACUGCCAUGCCCCUCUCCUAAACUAACAUUUUGCCCUGAGUGAGAAGUAAGUGUUAAUGUUGGCUUAGGGGAGGGGUAGGUGGGCAGUUUCCAAGAAACCUAAAGUGAUCCAAACUUAUUACCAUUGCUGCUUCCAGCUUAGUUUUACCUGCCUUUUUGGCUUUUUCCUUGCAGCAUCAUAGCACUCCAGAAACAUUUCUGGUGUUUUCAUUUUUUAAAAUAGUAUUUUAGUUAAUUACAUGUUGAGGAUAAUAAUAUUAUUGUUGUUCAUGUGGUAUUUAUGGGUAACUUUAGUGCAGUUUCUUAAAAGAAAUUGCAGCAGGGUCUUUCAGGGAAUGACCAAUUCUUAAUUCAUUAUAUCUAGUUUUGUCCAGUAUUUGUUUACCAGUCCUGGUAGUUAAAACGCUGUAUAGGACGAUUCACCCAAUAAAUUACUAUCCAGCGGAUUAGUAUUGUGAAACUAAUUGUGUUAUUCGUUGGAUUAAGAUUUUAGUUAACAACCUUAUCUUUCAUUUAUUUUGUAUAAUUUGUGAGUUAUUAAUAUUUGUCCAUUUAGUUAUUAUCAUGUUCAUUGGAAAACUUAAUUCACUAGUAGAUAUUAAUCCAAUAUAUUUGAAUGAGCCUGAACAGGAUGUGAAAAAUUUCGCAGCUUGAAGAGGAAGUUUUGGCCUUGUUGAUAACAGCCUCUGAGAUCUGCAUAAUUUUUCACAUUGUACGAAAGCUGUUUUAUUAUCCAUUGAAAAUAUGAAAUUUUCUAAAUUUUUAACAAGCUUUCUUCCUCAGCGACUUUCUUCAAAACAUUGGCCUGUUCCUUGGCAUGGGUCCAGGAUUAGAAAAGAUGUUUUUUCUGGCAGCUAUUCCUCAAGGUAGAUUACAUCCCUCUAGGAAUAAUUAUUUUUGGUGUAUUUUGCGUUUCUUCUGUUCACUUUUAGUCAGAAAUUUUAGCUUUUUUUCUUUGGUAGCUGUGAACUGUUUCGACACUAGUUUGAGUUCACUUGUGCAUAGAUAGCUAGGCUGCCACUCUACAGACUGAAAACAAGGUUAUUAUUUUAUAUCGGGGCGAUUUGUACCAUCGUACAGUGGUGGUUAUUGUCUACAUCUUCCAAAGAUAGACCGGGCUUCAUGUAGCUGCAGGUUAUGAAGAAUUAGCCAGGGAUUGGAGCUAAGCAGAAAAGGUAAAAUAUUUCGAACGAGUAAUAUUUAUCGAAGAUGUUUUACAUUUUUUUACAGUCUUUCAUUAUAUAAUGAUUGACUUUUCUUAGUCAUUAUUAAAUGCUUAGAACAAUGUGACUGUUUUAUUGGUAGUUUAGUUUUAUUCUGCUUUUUUAAUUUAAACGUAGCUUGCAUUUCAGAGGGAGUUUGUGGCUACUCUAAGGGUGCUUUCCAUUUGUCAGAACUGACCGGCCAGAAACUUGCCGUCGUGAUGGGAGUUUCAUUUUUAAUCAAAACUAUACAGCCAGACCAGUCAAAUCCUAAAUAGUGUGCAGGAAGGAGAUGGUUAUUCAGCAAAACCCUUGGAAAAAGCCGUUUUCAUUGUCAAAUUAACUGGUCUGGCAAUGGUCCGGCCGGUCAGUUCUGACAAAUGGAAAGCGCCCUAAGAC